AGGCUCAAUCAGACAUCAAAUACUCACAAUGGUUAAACUAUAUCAUCACCCGCUGUGUUUCCUUGACAAAUACCAUGAUUAGCAUCGUAUGUGAAGUUCUUCAUUUGCCACACAACGUGAGCCAGUGUUACCUUUCAGUGGUCACCCUGCCUGAUGUCUAACCAAGAAAUGUAAAGAGAGCAAACACUCUUCUACAAUCUGCAUGAAGUACAGUGGUAGUAGUCGAGCUACUGUACAGUCUGUAACAGGAUUCAGUAGUAGUAUUGGAGUCUCGCACCCCUCCCAUUUUCCAAGUACUCGGGAAGGCGUGUUGUUGAUGAAUUGAAUGCCUGACUGAUUGUCAUUGUGUGCUGCUUUCAGACCCUUGAGAUUGGGUGUAUCGCAUAAAAAAAGAAUCACCACAUUUCAUGAUUUAUAAUCAAGUGUCAAAUGAGUGUUGGAUUUGGGUGUGAUGUGAAAACAAGAAAUUUUUGCGGUUGGUGAUUCUCGUUAUCAUCAUCAAUUCGUCAUGCCCGUGUUUCAUACUAAGACCAUUGAGUCCAUCUUGGAGCCCGUGGCUCAACAGGUGUCUCGAUUGGUGAUCAUCCAUGAGGAAGGCGAGGCCGGACAUGAGAUGCCGGACCUAGAACGGCCGGUGUUUGCCGUGUCGAAAGCCGUGACCAAUUUGGUGAAGACCGGUAGGGAACUGCUCAGACUUGAGUCUGAACGAGUCGGAAGAGAGAUGUCCACAUCCACGGACGAUCUCAUCCUCAAACAAGACAUGCCCCAAGCCUUGAACAAAGUGGAUGAAGCGGCCAGGCUAUUGGUGGAAGCCGCAAAACUCAGCAAAAUUGACCCGCUCUCCAAACCGGCUCGGAUGAAGCUCAUCGAAGGAUCCAGAUGGAUCCUCCAAGGCACUUCCAAUGUCUUAUUAGUGUUUGACGAGUCCGAAGUUCGAAAGAUUGUGCAAGAUUGCAAAAAGACACUGGACUAUCUCUCUGUGGCCGAAGUCGUUGAAAACAUGGAGGAUCUGGUUCAGUUCGUCCGGGAUCUUUCGCCCAUUCUGAGUCGAGUCACAGUCGAGGUGUGCAAACGAACCGAGGACCUGACUCAUCAAAUCCAUCGGGAAGUGUUGAAUCGUUGCGUGGAGCAAGUCAAAACCUUGGCCCCCAUCUUGAUUUGUUCCAUGAAGAUUUUCAUCCAGAUCUUAAGUCAGGACGGGAAAGGGGUGGAAGAAGCGGCCGAGAAUCGCAACUAUCUCUGCGGAAGAAUGUCCGAAGAGCUCAACGAGAUCAUUCGAGUUCUUCAAUUGACCACGUAUGAUGAGGAUGAAUGGGACUCGGACAACUUGACUGUAAUGAAGAAGGUGCAAAACGCCAUCGAAAGUUCAAUGCAAAACGCCCACGACUGGCUCAAGGAUCCUAAAUCCCUUCAUGGCGGGGUCGGAGAAAAAUCCGUUCGACGGAUCCUGGAGCAGGCCCUGAAAGUGGCGGAGCGGUCUUUGCCCUUAGACUCUGAGCACAUGAAGAAGCUUGUAGGCGACAUCCAGUGCAUGACCGACAGCUUGUGUGAAUUGCGGCAGAAAGGAGAGGGAACCACCCCUCAAGCCGAAACGCUGGCCGCAAAUAUCGAGUCAAGACUGCACGAGCUGGUGGCCACCGUCCAACAGGCCAUUAACAGAGUGGAGAAAUCGGGCAUUCAACAACCGGCGCCAACGGUGUCAGGUCGUUUGGAACAAGCCCGAAGAUGGUUGGAACAACCAGCAGUUAAUGACCGAGGCCUCGGACAACAAGCUAUAGCCUUGGUAGUUGAAGAAGGGUUGAAGAUUGCGGACGUCCUUCCCGCUGGUCACAGAGACGAAGUGGGCGGCCUUUGUCGACGGAUUCAAACCGAUGCCUACAGUCUGACCAUGCUGUGCCAAUCUGAGCAGGGCGAGUCUCCACGUGCCGUUGAGUUAGCACGAAGUAUCGCAGGCAAUUUGAAUCGGCUCAAGGAUGUCAUCCGCAAUGCUCUCGUCGAUCGAGUGGUGAAUGACUUCUUGGAUGCGGGCACCCCAUUGAAGCAAUUCACGGAAUGCGUUUUAUCGCCUCAUCCGGCAGAAGAGACCCGCGAUAGGAUUUUUGAGGACAAAGCCAUUCGAUUAACGACCUUCUCCGAGAGAGCCAUUCAAACGGCGAAAAUGGUGGCCGUGGGAACAAAUUCGGGCAAUAAGAAAGUGGCCGAGGCUUUGCUGGCUUAUGCUGCACAAGUUGAUAGUCUGGCCCCUCAAUUGGUGAAUGCGGGUCGGAUCCGAAUGACUUACCCGGAGAACAAGGCGGCUGAUGAGCACUUUGAGAAUUUGAGACAUCAAUAUGCUGAGGCUGUUCAUAGGGUCCGUGGACUUUGUGACGAAGCCACUGACUCGUUGGCCUUCAUCGAGCAGUCCUUGGAAGCCAUGGAGGAUCGGACAGCUAAAUGUGAGGAUGCCGUUCGGUCAGGUCAAGCCUUGAAAAUGGUUGAGAACACGUCAGCUUUGGCACGCAUGACCAAUCGAGUUAUACAGGUAGCCAAACAGGAGGCGGAAAACUCCGAGGAUCCCCGGUACAUUUCUGAAUUGCACAUUUCAGCCGAGCAACUCCAAGCACGAAUUGCACCCAUGGUCCAGUCCGCGAAAUCUCUGGCCAUGCACAUGAAUGACGAUGCUCUGAUCAAUGAAUGGAGGUCCAACAACCGCAAGCUAUUAGAUUCUGUGGAAGGUGUAAAAAGUGCUGUGGCGCAAUAUCCGGCCGAUUCACUGCCACCUCCUCUGCCUCCCUAUCCGAAGAUAGGGGAUCUAUCGUUAUCAGAUACCCAGUCCAAGAGGAGUGCCACGAUGCCCGUGGCUAACGGAUCCGCCCGCAAUCACCGUCCUUCAUAUCAGAGGUCUCAUGGCCAGGAAGACAAGAAAGUGUUCACGGACUCUGAACUGAGCGAGAUUUUUCAAAUCGAUUUCGGCGAAAUCUUCGGCUCACCUGAUAUCACCGUCCCAGACUCGAACUAUCGGGGAAUCAACUUGCCAUCCAAGAAUCAUAGAGGCACGGAUUCGUAUCGGAGGACCCAAAAACAGUUGGAGAGCAAGAAGGCUUCUCAGAUUUCCUCGUCUUCCACUUCGUCUUCCUUUUCAUAUUCAAACGCAGCCCUCCCUCCCCCAUCCCAAUUCGCAAAUGGAGGUCACAAACUGGCAAAAAGUGCUUCCAGCGGUCAAAUCAAGGUCCCGGUUUUGCCUUCACUCUCGGACCCGGUUCAAUUUGGCAAGCCUCCACCUGCUCGGCCUCGCGAGCCUCAACCAAGUCAUGAUCAAAUUGAUGCCGAUGCGUUGAUCGACGAGCUCAUGAGAGAGGCGGAGAACGAUCCCGGAUUAAGGAAAAUGAGUGGUCUGGAUAAACCGAAACCUCCUGCCCAAGCGCCUAUACCCGAUAAAUACGCCUUUGUGGCCCGCCCAUAUCGAACGGCCCAAGAUAUGAUCAUUCGGGACCACGAUUCUACUACCAACCAUGACCCUCAUCAAUUCAACCGCAUCUCAAGGUCGUCCGACAAACACCGGUCAAGUCAUAAUCACAGAAGUGCGACUCAGCGGGAUCAACGGAUUUCUGAACCUUCGGACUCGUGGAGUCGAUCCAAGAGUGCCGAUUCUCGCCCUUCUGCCCCUUACUCGGGAUUAGCGCGGAAAGAUCCAAAAUUGUCCAACUUCAAGCGAACGUCGUCCUCUGAUAACUUCACUGAGGGUAUCAUGCAUGAGGUGGUAACGGAUCAAGACAAUCACUCUGUCAAGGAUCUCGUGGCCAUGAUUGAAAAAAACACCACUUCGGAAAGCGUGAAUCCUUACAUUCGAAAGUGGGGAUGUGACCUCAUCAGUCCUGAGCCGCACACUAAAACGAAAACUUACCGUCGUGAACGCAGACAAAUGCCCGAUUAUGAGGCUAAAGGCAUGUAUAAUUGGACCUUGGACUCGUCCUAUCGAUCUGGUGGAAUGAACGGCGAACACAAAAACGCAAAGGAUUGGGGUGGGUCCUUACACGAGUCCUCUAAACAUCACGACAAGCAGUCUCUCUUCGACAAUGAUUUCCGUUUGAGCGCCCAUGUGGCAGAUAUGGAUGACUUGUUGGGCAAGUCUGGUCAAGUCAAUGACGGCUAUGCAAGUGAGGGCGAGAGAUCAGUCCAUUGGCCUCCUGAAGAUCAACUUAGUACCUCAGACAAACGAUCAGCCUCCAAGAAAGCUAGCCAACACUUGUCGGCGUCCAAUGGCCACGCCUCCUCCCAACCUCCACCCAAAGCUACGAGUGCCAUGGACGAACAAAUUGCCUCAAUCCAAUGCGACUUUGAAGCUGAAUUGGACAACAUGCUAUUGGACACUCAAAAGACUACCCCCUCAAACUACCCACACCAUGGAAAUGGAGUAAUUUUGAAAAACAACCUCCGAAACGAUAUCGCUAGCCGCAAGAACCAGCAAUACCAACACUCGCACUCCUCUAGUCGGAUAAACAAAAAAAUGAACGCGUCGCUACAAAAAUCAUCGGCUCGAAAAACCGCGAGUAGUAACAAACGGGAUUACUUGUCAUCCUCGCACGCUGGAAUGCCACCUUUGGCACCCGUCUCAGAUGAGGACGGCUCAUAUCAAGCUCUAUCUGUCGUAUUUCAGGAUAUCAAGAAAGACUCCGGUUCAGCCCCACCGCCUCGCCCUCCGCCUCCUUCAAGCAACCAUGGUCAUUCCUUCCUGCAAGAUCACUCAGGCUAUGCCGAGACGACUGAUGACGAAUCCGAGGAUUUGUUCCUGCACGCACCCACGCCCAGUCAAGGACCCAUCAUGAUGGCGGCGCAUGAUCUCCAUCAAGAGGUGAAACAAUGGUCCAGUAAGGACAAUGACAUCAUUGCAGCGGCCAAGAAGAUGGCCUUGCUAAUGGCCAAGCUAUCGCAAUUGGUCAAUGAAGACACCGGUUCUAAACGGGAUCUAAUCGCUUGCGCUAAGGCCACAGCUGACGCGUCCGAAGAGGUGACCAGAAUCGCCAAAGAGUUGGCCAAAGAAUGCACAGACAAGCGCAUGCGAACGAGCUUGCUGCAAGUUUGUGAGCGAAUCCCAACGAUUGCCACGCAAUUGAAGAUCCUUUCUACGGUCAAGGCUACAAUGUUGGGAGCACAAGGAGUCUCUCGUAUUGGGACUGAAGAGGACCAAGAAGCUACUGAAAUGUUAGUGGGCAAUGCGCAAAACCUCAUGCAAUCCGUGAAACAAACCGUGACCGCUGCUGAAGCGGCUUCCAUUAAGAUUCGCACGGAUGCGGGCAUCAAACUGAGAUGGGUGCGGAAGCAGCCGUGGUAUCAGUACUAAAGAGAAUCAUGACAAUCAUGUAAAAUAACCAAUGAAAUUUCAACUUGAUUUUUCUUGUUUUUACUAUGUAAUUUUAAAAAGCGCCGAUUCACUUUAACCACUCAGUAGAAUCCUAUGUAACUUGUGGUUAUAACGAGAAAUGAUGUGCCUUUUUUGACAAGGUGCUGCUGCGCUUCUACCUAAUUCUGCUUCCAUGACAAGAAAAACUGCCACUUUCUUUCUCUCUCUCUUCCGCUAAAUCGAGUGUUACUGAUUCUCCUCUGAUCGCUUCCUAAAAAAUCAAGUCAAUGAAACAACUGUGGAAGAACACGUUUCUCACAACUAAGAACGAAUUGUUUAUGAAAAUAUAUUUUGGAAAAUCGAA